AUUUGGUAAGAUUUGGUACAAACUCCACUCCGUUACUCACUUUUCGUUCACAUUUUUCUCUGUUCUUUGAGAUCUUUGCGAUUUUGACUAGAUACCCGUCCUGUCGACCACUCAGUGCGCAACUUCUUUUUCACCAAAGCACCUGGCCCAUCAGUUUACUCGUUAUCGACCCACCCGAUCUUUGGUCGCUAUCGCGUCACGUCUCAAGGCUCUUUUACCAGGAUGGCUAUGAGGGGCGAAGAUCAAGCCGCCAAGACAUGUCAGGUAGCUUCACCGGAGCAAUACCAUAGUCCAACUCGAGAGGCCACACGAUAUGAGCAGGUUGAUGAGGUCGAUGACAGUCCGCCUCACGAAGUUAUCAGUCUCCUGGAGGAUACCGACAACGAAAUCUAUCAGCCUGCGAAGACCCACCUCAGUAACUUCAUUGACCUAUCGUUCGCUGAAGAUUGUGAAGGCAAGGAUCCAAAACAAGCUAGUCGGCCUGUAGAUGUGGAGUCAAACCAAGAACAGAGUCACAGACGCCAUCGAAUGGAAUCAUGGUCAGAACUGACUUCCUUCGUAUAUUGCGACAAUCGACUUCGCCGUGGGGCCACCGUAGAGCUCACACGCUCCGACGGCUUAGACGAGCGACCUCAAUUUCUCCUGAUCGCACGAGUGCUCCGAGAUCCUGACAGCGAGGAGGUCGGUUUGAGCGGCUGGCCGUUACGCCGGAAGAUCGGCAUCAGCUAUUUCCCUCAGAGGAUAAACGAGGUGUUCCUUGAUAUCCAGACGGUAAACGCCGAUCGAAGAUCGUACUAUGAGCAGGGCUUGAUACACGUUCCUGUCGACGAGGUGUUCCGUUUACGAUAUCUGCACGUCACUCACGAAGGGUGGCCGAAGUUCAGCUGCAUAACGAGGCAAGCAAGUGAUCCCUGCUGCAGACUAUCCAUGAAAGAUGAGCGGAGGAGGGAGUGGAGGCAACAGAUAGAGAGUGUUGAAGACCUCGUUUGUCGCAGCGUGAUCAUCAGAAGAUAUGCUACACCUGCUGACCAGAGAAAGAAUCGGAUGGAAGAAACCGAACUGCGCAAUCUCUUCGAAGGCGAGAGCCCAUUGACGCCACCAUCCCAAUGGAACCUCAAACGCCAUCUUGGCAGAGACUCUAAAGAUGUCAAAAGCCAUCCUCAGCUAAACGUGCCUUUGGGUAGACCAAUGUAUACGUACGGCUCGACAUUUGCUGGCAUGGGUGGUGAUUCUGAGGCUGCUCGUCGAGUGGGCUUCCGAAUCAAAGCCGCUGUUGACAAAUGGUUGAAGGCCUGUAUUGCCUUCGAGCUUAAUCAUCCGGAGACGAACAUGUACAACAUCGACGUGUAUCAAUUCGGCAACUUGGAAGACGGAGCGAUAGAGCAGAUGGACGUGUGGCACUUCAGUCCGCCAUGCAAUUUCUUCUCACCUUGCCACACCGUCGAGGGCAAGAACGAUGGAAGCUACAUCGCGGCUUUGUACUGCGUGGAGAGUCUGUUGAGAAAGCUCAAACCCAGACUCUUCACCCUCGAACAGACCUCUGGACUCCUCACCCACCAUGGCGUGAUAUUCGCGUCCUUGGUAAACAUGAUCGUCUCCGCCGGCUACAACUUGCGUUGGACGAUUGCUCGUUUCCAUCAUUACGGACUCCCGUCGACCCGGCCUCGCCUCAUCAUCUUCGCAGCGCGGAUCGGUGAACCGCUGCCAGAAUUUCCAAAACCAACGCAUGGCCCAGAGCCUGGUUUGAAGCCUUUCAAUCACAUCUGGGACGCCGUCUCGCGAGUUCCACCCGAUGCUGACGACCACCUCGACACGGUGACGAACUACGCCCAUCCUAAAAUGCCUUACGACCCUAGGACGACGUUUUCUCCUUGUAUAACGACCAGUGGGCCGCAGAAGGGCGGGGAGACCAUGGGCUACUUCACCGGCGAGCGACCGUUCACAAUCCGCGAGCUCCUCGUCCUGAACGGAUUCGAACACACGUAUCGGAUCCCGGAGGGAAUGUCUCGCACGGACAUGAUGACCAUGAUUGGCAACGCAGUCCCGCCUAUCGCCUGGGAGGCUUUCAUUGGCCAAGUCUACACGACGAUGAAAAGCUUCGACUCGGGCGUGAUCAAUGAGGCGGGCUUACUCGUGUUGACACCAUGCGAGACUGCGUCGAGCGCACCCGGUGAUCAUUUCUCAGAAUCUCGCCGAACAAUCCUGUCAACUCGCCCUGCGUUUCCUCCGACCUGGAACGCAGAAACCAUCAAUCUGACGGAUGAUGUCGAAGAAGACCGCCGCGAGGACGAAGUCGUGCUUGCGCCACGAAAGGUUAUAAUCAUUGACCUCACUGAUGACUAGCAUCAUCAGCAUAUAUAGUUGGAAGCCCCAUGGAACUGAAAACAAAACUAUCGGACAUUUCUUCCAUGCGUCCGAAGGCGUGGAUCGCGUCAUAUAUGUACAACUUGAGGCGUUGUGAAUUCUUGAUUGCACGAUAUCUGCAACAAGGAUGCGCGUCUUGUGUAGGGUAAGUCGAAGUCGCAUUCACACAGCCAGUCAUCUUCGUGUAGAUCGUCUAGCCGCGGUGCUAUCGACAUGGUGGCUUUGCAUUUGAUUGCAACAUGGAUGAGAAAGGAGGUCGUGACAAACACGGAAGCCUAAAAGCAUCAAGCAGUUUGAGCUUGGUGGAAAUUUGCUAGUAAAUCAAAGCAGCGUCUGUACGUAGGCAUAAAUCAUGGAAUCAUGCUUCGAAGCAAUGAAAGCUAG